GUAAUGGUUUGGAUUGGAACUUCGACGCGUUUUGAUCAGGUGACACAGAGUGCGCAAACGCGGAAACCCGCAAUGUCAACAACCAUUCUGCAAAUUCUGCAGUAUUCUUCAAUUAAUUACGUUGUUCUCUACUCUGAGCAGCAGUGAAGGGGUCCACAGACAAAGCAACUUUGAUGCAACUGUCAACAUCAUCAUGGCUUCAAGUUUUGCCCCCCCAAAACUGGCUGAUUUUAUUCUCACUGAGAGGUUGGGCAGUGGCACCUAUGCAACAGUUUAUAAAGCAUACAGAAAGGGAGACACCCGGGAGGUGGUGGCAGUGAAGGUGGUGGGGAAAAAGAGUUUAAACAAGGCGUCUAUGGAGAAUCUGCUGACUGAGAUUGAGAUCCUGAAAACGAUUCGCCACCCUCACAUUGUUCAGCUGAAGGACUUCCAGUGGGACAAUGAGAACAUCUAUCUGAUUUUGGAGUGGUGCUCUGGUGGGGACCUAUCCAACUUUAUCCGCAGUCGCCGCCUGUUACCUGAGAGGGUGGCUCGACGCUUCCUGCAGCAGAUAGCCUGUGCUCUUCAGUUUCUUCAUAAUCAUAACAUCUCUCAUCUGGACCUGAAACCCCAGAACAUUCUGCUUAGUGGUUCGAUCCUUAAACUGGCAGAUUUUGGCUUUGCCAGUUACAUGUCACCAUGGGAUGAGCAGAGUGUUCUAAGGGGCUCUCCUCUUUACAUGGCUCCUGAGAUGGUGUGUCGACGGCAGUAUGACUCCAGGGUUGACCUCUGGUCUGUGGGAGUCAUCCUGUAUGAGACACUGUUUGGCCGGACUCCUUUUGCCUCCAGGUCCUACGCUGAACUGGAGGAGAAAAUCCGCAGUGACAAACCCAUCGAGCUGCCCGCUGGAGCCAGAGUGUCCAGGAACUGCCGGGACUUACUGCUGCGUCUGCUGGAAAGGGACCCUGACACCCGCAUCACCUUCACCCAGUUCUUCUCCCACCCCUGGGUGGACCUGGAGCACAUGCCCGAUGCAGAGAGUCUGGGGAAAGCGAAGGAGCUGGUCCUGAAAGCUGUGCAGAAGGACCAGGAGGGGCAGAGAUCGGCUGCUCUGUCUCUAUACUGUAGCGCACUGGAGCACUUUGUCCCCGCCAUUCACUAUGAGACCGACAGACAGCGUAAAGAUGCCCUUAGGCAGAAGGUCAGUCAGUACGUGGCCAGGGCAGAGGAGCUGAAAGCAAUGGUGGCUUCGGACAACAGACUCAGCUUUGAGCAGUUCAAAUCUACUAGAGACAUCCUGAGGGAAAUGUCCCGUGACCAACCACGCCUGCUGGCUGCCCUCGAGCUUGCAUCUGCAGCAAUGGCCAAGGAGGAGAGUGGAAUGGAGGAUAAUGACACGCUGGAUCUGUACCAGCAGAGUCUAGGAGAGCUACUGCUGGCACUGGCAGCUGAAACACAGGGGCGCAGGAGAGAACUUCUCCACAGUGAGAUCAAGAGCCUAAUGAGCCGAGCCGAAUACCUCAAAGAACAGAUAAAGAUGCAGGAGACCCAAAAAGAUGUGUCAGUGGACAGGGAGCCUCUCUCCGAGUCUGUGAGAGGUUCGUGCUGUGUGCAGUGAGCCAGCCAGGCGGUCCUCCUCACUUUGGACCACAGACAGAUGGCAUCGAGUUUACAGACCACGGCCUCUCGAUGACCCUGGCUUCAGUGGUCCUGCGUCACCAUGCUCGUCAUACUGCUGUUGUUUCUCCAAAUGGUGGCAUGGAAUCGGAGACAAUCUACCCUGUCCUUACUCUGCCUGGACUGUUGGAGCCUAUCACCUCGGCUUCUCGUCCUCACCACCACCAACCCAACACAAUGUACUGUAAUGGAUCCAGUCGAAGCUCUGCCUCAAAGCCCUCCCACCAUACCAUUCAUAUGGAAAGGCUGGACUGCUUGUAUGCUAAUAAUGUACUGUCAUGUUAAACUACUGUGUCGCGUUGUAUUAUGUUGCAGGAUAAAUCAGGGUAAUACUGAGGGCUAGUGCUUUGCUUUUCGAAAAAGCUUGUAAUUUUUGAGAAGGUCAACUCUUCUGUUCUCUGACUGAAGGGAGUUAUGGAAAUUGAUCAUGAACAUUUGUGAGAGCUUUUUUGGCACCUCUUGCCUUGAACACAGAAACCCACUGAUUCCCUUUUCUGUGGCCUGACCACAGCUUCACCAAGCUCUCUCCACUGAAGGAGAGGCCUCCACCACUAUGAGAGGAAAACUGGAGAGGUGUGGAUGAGGCCUUAUUUACUCUAUAGACUUAAAUUUACUUUGGGGUUGGCGCUGGUUAGGAUUAAAGCAUACUGUAGCAACUGUGAUGUCACCCAUCACUACUGAGCUGGCUUCAGUGAAAUGCCAAAUGGUUGUGUGUUUUGUGGCAGGUCAAAAGUCUCAGCUGUUGUGGUUCUGUUCUUCCUGUUUGGUUUCCAAAGAGCCAGGUGUUCACUAAUCUACUUUCAAGGGAUCUUUCAGUAUUUUCUAAUCCCUUAUUGGAGGCUAAUUGUCUGUAAUUUGGAAAUGGAACUGAAUACAAAGAAAUGUCUGUUGAAUUGAGAACUGACAAUUUUGUUCUGUCUUAGUAUAAACAAUUUGUAUGGGUAUGAUUUUAUGAAUUAUUUUUAAGAUUAAAAAGUAAAUAAAAUUGUACGUACCCAUGGCCUGUAUUCACCCUGAUUUGAGAUAUAGCAGAUACGUUAUAGUUGAAUAGCCGACCAUUAUGCCUUUUAUGCCCCUUGCCAACCAGCCACAGCCUCAUGGCAUUGUGGGUUUAAUUGGCCUCCAUUUCAGUGGUGCUCCAUCAAGAGCACUUGUACUCUUUCCUCUUCUCUAUUUGCUCCUCAGGCUCUGUUGGUACUGAUAAUGGGACAACGGUGGAGCAUAUUGACAUCAGCUCAUGUUGUGAAGGUGGGUGUGAGGUUAAUCCGUAAGGAACUUGGGACCCCUUAACUUCCAAACAUGCACCCAUCAACCAUUCACUGUGGGUGGACUCCUAUCAUGAAUAGAACAUUGUACCAACGGGUGAGACAAAACUCUCUGCCUAAAUCUCUGUCACUCUCUCCUGAGAGGGAGGGAGGGAAACAGAGCAAGAGGCUGGCAGGGAUUUGUUUCAGAGAAACGCUGAAUAAAGAUAAUUUAGAAAAUGGGCUUCAGCACACUGCCGCCUCUGUAAAUCCUCCCCCUGCUGCCCCUACUCACCCCCUGGCUCCCCCACUUGUUUGUUUUGAUUUGGUUCCCAGAAGCUGAGUGGGGGGUUUGAAGGGGUGGGGGUAAGUUAGAGUUGGAGAACGUUUUGAAAUGCAUGGCAAUGGUUAGACCGAUUGGACUGAGCCGAGUGAGGAGGGCCAAAAUCCAUUUCCCUCCCUUCCGCUUCAGAAUGCACCCGUGGAACAUACUUUUCAGCGAUCUAAGAACUCUCUGUUGAGAGCUGCAUUCUUUCCAAACAAAAUCCGGGUUCGUCCAUGAAGCAGGUUAAGAAGGCUAGGGAACUUCAUAGUUGUUUUGUCAAUGGAAUCAUGAAUUAACACCGAUUUCCCUGUUCAACUAAGUUGAAGUUUAUAUGAUUACAUUACACUUCAUUUUACAGUUUGUUAAUGACCUGUAAAUUCUUAAGCAAAUAAUGAUGACCAACUAUUUGUGUGCAAGCUUCACUCAAGUUAUAUUUCCAUUGUUAUUGCUCUGCAAAAGUAAUUGGAGAGCCAGAGAAUGGAGAAGCAUUUAAACUAAAACCAAACAAAUUCACUGUCCUGAAUUCUCAUGAGUCAUGCAUGACCUUAACACAGACUGAAGGUGCCACUUACACACAGGUAACUGGUAUCAUUUACCUGCUUUCUUCCUAGAAUGUACCUAAUGUCAAAGGAAGCGGUGACUUUAACCGGAUAUGUCUCAAAGAGCACAGUUUCCAAGGAUGAUGUAUUGUGCAAACAGACACUACUUGUCUGUUCCUUUAGGCAUGUUCCCUAAUGUACCUACCAAAUGCUGGCAUUAUGAAAGCUAACAGCAGUCACUGUUACUGAUAGCCUACCUGUUGUUUCAGUAGACACAGGACGCAUUGAUUGAAAUCACUUUGUUAAAGGAUUUGAUUUUGUGUCAGACUGUGUAUGUAUGAGAUUAAACUGGUUUAUUCCUGCUU